AUGGGUUUAGCAGAUAAAUUAAAAAGCUUUAAAAAAGACGAUUUCGAUAAAGCCAAUACUCAAGCUGGUACUUAUUUAGGUGGUAAAGAUGGCCAAACAGGUACUGAUAUAGCUCAAGAAAAAUACAAACAAUAUCAAGCUAAUAAAGCUGGAACAGGAACUACUGGUGCUACUGCUGCCAGUACCACAGCUACCAACGACAGAACCACUUCAUCUGAAUAUGGUGCUUCUGCAAAUCGUACCACUGCUGGUUAUGAUUCCAACCAAUCAACUGGAUAUGGUUCUACUCCAAACACUUCAAGCCCUUCAAAUCAUGGACCAACUCCAACUGGUGCUUAUGGUAAUCAAAGCUCCACUGGUUACACUAAUCAAACUUCUACUGGUUACAGUAAUCAAGCUUCUAGUGGCAAUUACAGAUCUCAAGGUCAACCUUCUUCAACUACCACCGGAGGUGUUGCUAGUGGUUAUGGAGCUACAUCAUCAAAAGCAACUACAUCCUCUUCUUCAUCAUCUUCAUCUUCAUCCUCAUCUAGUGAUAACAAUUCUACUGCUCAUAAACAUAAACAUAGAGAAUCUACCAAUCACCCUGGUCUACUUGCUAAAUUUGAAACUGGUGUUCAUCAUUUAGAUGCAAAAAUUGCUAAAUUACCAGAACAUUUACAAAAAGAAGCUCACGCUUCAUUCCAAAAAGGUUAUGAAGAUGCCAAAAAAGCAUUCAAACAUUAG